UCAGAGGAUCAACCAUGAACGCCCUGGCAACUGUUGCGUUUUUCACCGUCUUGGUUGCGGCAGCAUCUGCGGGAGCCGUACUCGGAGGUUAUGGUGGUCUGGGUUACGGUGGCCUCGGCUAUGGGGGUCUCGGCUAUGGGGGUCUCGGCUAUGGAGGUCUCGGAUACGGAGGUCUCGGAUAUGGAGGUCUCGGCUACGGAGGUCUCGGCUACGGAGGUCUCGGCUACGGAGGCCUCGGCUACGGUGGUCUUGGCGUGGGCGGCGUUGGUGUGGGCAGCAGCGUCGCUCUGCUCAGUGGAGGUCCAGCCUUCUCCAAGGCAGUGGCAGGGCCCACUUUUCUAGUGAGAAGUGUGCACCACGUCAACAAAAUUCACGGAGGUGGUGCGAUCCUUGCUCACAGUGGGCUUGGUGGAGGCUACGGAGGUCUUGGCUACGGUGGCCUCGGUUAUGGCGGCCUCGGAUACAAGGGGGUGAAAUGAGAAAGUGCAAACAAUACAACAGCUUUUGUUACGAGUACGCCCAUAUACCAAAACAAUGUACAGUCUGGGAUACCUGCCAACUACGUGGAAUAAAAUAGAAUUUUAUGAAGAGAGGUUUGAUUUCUGGCUGCGAGAACACCUUGUCAUAUCUCUUGUACAAGGAACCAUCGUCAUGCCCAAUCACGGUGCGAAAAAAUUACGUGCAAAUAAUGAGGUUACUGCUGCUAUAACCAAUUAAAGAUGCCCUGGUUAUAAGAAAUUAUAUUUUAAAGAAGGACAGAAAAAACCAGAUGGUCGUCAAAGAACCGUCUUGACAAGCGCGAAUAAACACACAACUGAAGCAUUCAGUUCAUUUUGAUAAUGCUUUGAUACUUAAACGUUCGGUUCAUUAAUGUGAUAUGUUCUGAAGAGAAAUUCCACUUGGGCUGCAAAAUAUUUACCAAUGCUGCAGUGUUGCCAGCAGCCUGGUCAACACAGCGUGUAUUUACUACAUUUCGAGAAGAAAACGAAUGUGUGCUUGUAAAGCCUAAUUCAGUAAUAGCUACCCCACAUCUGCUAUAAUAUAGCUUGACAUUGUUUUGUCUUAAACAAGAAAACAAAAUAUGUACA